UGGUAUGUUGUGCCAAAACACUGUCGUUUUGAGCGACAGCAUAGAUGCCGACCCUGCUCUAGACUCCGUAGUUGUUAGUUUUUUGUGUUUUAAAAUUGUGCGCGUAGCGUUUGCUGUUUCUGUUAGGGAGGCGGUUGGGGCAACGGAGGUCAGAGAAUCAGUCGACCGAAUACACGGCGAUCGAGUUACGGCAAUCAUAGAACAAUUGAAUUCCGACGCAGCACGGCCCGACGAACUUCAACGGCACCUCGGCAGGCGCAGAGUAACAGCCAGCUUGUAUUUCCUUUGAUUCGUACGACUCGCCGGAACCCUAGAAUUUAAUUCGAAGGAAGAUGGGGAAGAAACAGCACAGCAAAGAUCGAAUGUUCAUCACCAAGACGGAGUGGGCCACCGAGUGGGGCGGCGCCAAGUCCAAAGAACUCGGCACCCCUUUCAAACGCCUCCCCUUCUAUUGCUGCGCUCUCACAUUCACACCGUUUGAGGUCCCCGUGUGCACUGUGGAUGGCAGCGUCUUCGAACUAAUGAGCAUAAUCCCCUAUAUAAUCAAGUACGGUAAACAUCCAGUUACGGGAGCUCCGCUCAAGCAAGACGAUCUUAUCACCCUUAAUUUUCACAAGAAUUCCGAAGGCGAGUACCAUUGCCCAGUAUUGAACAAAGUUUUCACUGAAUUUACGCACAUAGUAGCUGUGAAGACUACAGGAAACGUGUUCUGCUAUGAGGCAAUCAAAGAAUUGAACAUUAAAACGAAGAACUGGAAGGAGCUUCUCACUGACGAACCAUUCGCCAGAGGAGAUCUUAUAACAAUUCAGAAUCCCCAUGCACUUGACACCAAAGUUCUCGUGGAUUUCGAUCAUGUUAAAAAUAGUUUGAAACUCGAUGAUGAAGAGCUAGAGAAAAUGAAGUCAGAUCCAACCUACAACAUAAACAUUUCUGGUGAUAUCAAACAAAUGCUGAAGGAACUCGGAACUGAGAAUGGAAAGGAAAUUGCAUUGCAUGGGGGAGGAGGAAACAAGGCACAAAAUGAAAGAGCUGCCGCUCUUACUGCCAUAUUAGCAGCAAGAUCGCGUAUUAAAGAUGAUUCUAAUGGAGAGGCCACACCUAAACAGUCUUACAGUAUUGUAGAUGCUGCUUCUGCUUCAGUGCAUGGAAGAAGUGCUGCAGCUGCAAAAUCUGCAUCGAGUGACAAAACUGCUGCUCGGAUUGCUAUGCACAUGGCUGGUGAGAGGACACCAGUGAAUGCAAAAAUGGUAAAGAGCCGUUAUACCACAGGUGCUGCUUCACGAUCCUUUACGUCAACCUCUUAUGAUCCUGUCACAAAAAAUGACUUUGAAUAUAUUAUGGCUGAGAAAAAUCCCAAGAAGAAAGGGUACAUUCAGCUGCAUACCACACAUGGUGAUUUGAACAUCGAGCUGCACUGUGAUAUAACCCCUAGGGCAUGUGAGAACUUCAUCACUCUGUGUGAACGAGGCUAUUACAACGGAGUAGCUUUUCAUAGAAACAUACGGAAUUUUAUGAUUCAAGGCGGUGAUCCAACUGGAACUGGGAAAGGAGGUGAAUCCAUAUGGGGGAAACCUUUCAAAGAUGAAGUGGACUCAAGGUUGCUUCAUUCGGGGAGGGGUGUUGUUAGCAUGGCAAAUAGUGGGCCCCACACGAACAGUUCACAGUUUUUCAUUCUAUACAAAUCUGCUACUCAUUUGAACUUCAAGCAUACAGUUUUUGGUGGAGUUGUUGGUGGUUUGUUGACCCUUUCAGCUAUGGAAAAGGUUCCCGUCGACGAUGAUGACCGGCCUCUGGAAGAGAUUAAGAUAACGGGUGUAACUGUGUUCGUCAAUCCCUACACGGAGCCUGAUGAAGAAGACGAGAAGGAGAAACAGAAAGAGGAGAAAAUUGCUGAGGAGGAAGAUAAUGACAAGGUUGGAUCAUGGUACAGCAAUCCAGGAACGGGAGCAAUGGAAUCUGGAGGCUUAAGUGGUGGUGUUGGCAAGUACUUGAAGGCAAGGAGUGCACAGGCUGCUGAUACUGAAUCAAAGGCAACGACUGUAACAAAGAAAAGGAAAUCAGGUGCCCCGGUUGCGGAAUUUAAAGAUUUUUCUACCUGGUAAGACUUUCCCACAUGAAUUACCAGUUUUGCAAAUCUGUGCUUUUGAUCCGAAGGUGGUGUAGCCAAGCUGUGCAACAUGCUCGUCUGAGAAAAAUGCGAUAGGAGGAACGAAGAGAGUUUUGGUUCACGUCAGUGAGCAUCUGUAUUUGGAGGUUGUACAAUACCAUGUAUACAAGUUUUUUCUGUUCUCACUCAUCUGAGGCGUGCUAUGGUUGACAAGUUGCCAAGUUGCCGCACCUAGAAAGUGUUAAUUACUUAUUUUUGGGGAUGGUAUUCAAAUUUCAAAACAAUCUUAUGUUCUCUAGGCCUUUUGAGUAGCAGCACCAACUUCAUAGAUCAACCAGCAACUAUUUUUAGAAUAACGUUAUCUGUCUUGGUGGCAUUUA